AUGCUCGCCCUGCGCCGCGUCGGCUCGAUUGGUGUAGCGGCCGUGUCCGCGACCCUCAAUUUCAGCUCCUGCGAGGAGAAGCAGCCGCGCUUCGCCGGCAAGACGAUCGUGAUCACCGGCGGCGGCGGCACCUUCGGCCGCGUCGGCGCCAAGUACUUCGCCAAGGAGGGCGCCAACGUCGUGCUCGUGGACGUGAACCGCAAGGCGCUCGACGAGGCCAUGGCGACGCUGCCGGGCGCCAACGUCGAGGCCGUCGCGUGCGACGUCCGCGACGCGGACUCCGUCGCCGCCGUCGUGCGGACCGCGCAAAAGUUCGGCGGCGUGGACCUGCUCUGGAACAACGCGGGCUACCAGGGCCAGAUGAAGCCCCUCCUCGAGUACUCCGCCAAGGACGUGCAGCUCGUCAUGGACAUCAACGUCGUCGGCGGCUUCAACGUGCUGCAAGCGUGCGCGCGCGACAUGGCCGGUCGCGGCGGCGGCGCCGUCGUGCAGACGGGCAGCGUCGCGGGCCUGCGCGGCACGCCGACGAUGAACGCCUACGUCGCGUCGAAGGCCGCCGUCCACGGGCUGACGAUGACGGCCGCGAAGGACCUGGCGCCGCACAAGAUCCGCGUGAACACGGUCAUGCCCGCGCUGAUCGGGCCGGAGGACGGCUUCAUGUGGAAGCGGCAGAACGAGCUCCACGCCGCGUCGGGGUCGCCCUACUUCGACCGCGACGCCGACGUGUUGGCGAAGAAGAAGGUCGGCGGCGUGCCGCUGAAGCGCCUCGGCGAGGUCGAGGAGGUCGUCGAGGCCGUCGCGUUCCUGCUGAGCGAGGACGCGUCCUACAUCACGGGCACGUCCCUCGUCGUCGCCGGCGGGAUGGCCUAG